AAGUCCCUAACUCGGCGUGUUCACGGUGCUGGCAUGACGUACGGUGACCGAGAGAGAGACGGAGAACGACAGAUCGCGAAGCUCCAAAACAAGAACUGUCCUCGACGUCUCCGGGUUCGGUAGCUCCUGGAGGCUCGGUCGUCGAGGAAGAGAAUCCCGUAGAAGCUCGGCGAGAGGCGCAGAGGACUCCCAGGAAAAGCUGCCCGCGGAGCGUGGCGGCUCCUGGUGUAAAAGUCAAGAAGUGCGCGUCGACCUGCCAUGAUAGGUCGCCCAUCGGAACGCGUCUUCCUCUGACCAAGGCGAAGCGCUCGGCGGCCGUCGGUAGAAUGCGAGAAGCCUGCUGCGAGGAACCCUCCUUCACGUGUAUGUAAGCGCCGCAGAAUGGUGGUGGACUGUCUCUCGGUUCAGGGCUCGGGCGCUGCAGCGAGGAAGCAGGAUCGGAGACUGGCUGGCUCGAUGGGUGCCAAGAUGCAGCCUAACGGUAACGGGGGGACGUGCGGAAUGACACCCAAAGAACUUUCCGAUAACGACGACCUUGCUACCUCUCUUGUACUCGACCCUUUCUUAGGCUUCACCACGCACAAAAUGAAUAUCAGAUACAGGCCGUUAAAAGCAAAUAAAGAUGACCUUCGGAAAAUUAUAACUGAAUUCAUUCAGCAACAAAAUUAUGAAAAAGCAUACAAAAAAUUAAUGGGUGGUGACUGGGGUGCGAGACUGCCGCACACUAAAUCGAAGCAACAGCAAGUAAAUUUGGAGAAACACAUAUACCGGUACUUGCGAGUAUUCGACAAAGAUUCUGGUUUCGUGAUACAACCAUGCUACAGAUAUUCGCUCGAAGGGCAGAAGGGAGCCAAAAUUUGUGCAACUCGUAAAUGGUUGAAGCAUGAAAAAAUUCCAUGUCUCGUGGGAUGUAUCGCAGAACUUACCGAGAAGGAAGAGGCUGCGCUGUUACAUCCAGGAAAGAAUGACUUUUCGGUGAUGUUCAGUUGUAGAAAAAAUUGUGCUCAGCUCUGGUUGGGCCCCGCAGCUUACAUCAAUCACGACUGCAGACCAAAUUGCAAGUUUGUUGCAACUGGUCGAGAUACCGCGUGUGUCAAAGUCCUACGCGACAUAGAAGUUGGCGAGGAGAUAACCUGCUUCUACGGGGAAGAUUUCUUCGGAGACGGCAACUGUUACUGCGAAUGCGAAACGUGCGAAAGGCGAGGCACAGGGGCUUUUGCGAAUCAGAAACCAGGAGAGGAACUUUCUUCCGGCUAUCGUCUCCGAGAAACAGAUAACAGAAUCAAUCGAACGAAGCAUCGGCAGCAGCCAUUAAAUGGUAAUAAGCAGCAGGCCGACGGCGCGCUUACGGAAAGGAACGCAGUUCUCGUCGGGAACGUCGCAGUUGCGCCGCAGUCUCUCAGUAUGAAGGAAUUGCGGCGCAAAGGCUUAACGAAAUACGACGCGGAGCUGCUGAUCGCCCAAGGGUGCAGGUUCUCGGACAUCGCUCAGCAGGAGCAACGACAGCAGCAACAACCCCAGCAACUGUCCACCACCUUGGAGAACGGAGGGUCCACGCAGCAGGGACGCAUUCCUCACGCGUCUACGGUUCCCAAUACAGCUACAACGAGAAAUCUCAGGAACAAACAGCAAGCCGGCAAGACCGAUAGUAACAACCCCGGGAUGAAGGGAAACCAAAGUCUGAGAGCCUCCAGGCUUCAAAAGCGAACAGAAACGAAGCGGACAAAAACCGUGGAGGAGGUCAAAUCUUCGAGGUCGAACAGCUUGGCGACCAGCGGUCGCGAGGACUCCUUCGCGAGUCACAGAAAAGAGGACUCUGGACGAGGUACAACGGCGGCUCUCGGGACCGAGAUGGACAUGUUCUCUCGGAUGGUCCGCAGAGAACAUUCUCGGAAGGAACUGAAAUCCGAGGAGGGCGGCGAGAAUAAGUUCUCGUGCUCGUUCCGCGUACCCCACGCCAAGGUGGAGAACGAUCUCUCCGCGAUCCUGGACAGGAGGAACUCGAUCUUCGACAAGGAGUGCUCGGAGAGCGAGGUCUCGACCAUCGUCGGUGCCGCCCUGAAUCCCGAAGAGGGCAACGAGGAAAACGAAAUCGGCAUUCCUAAGCUCACCGCCCAGGUCGAGACCGAGAUGAUUGGACAUCGGAACGGGUCCUCCGCGAACGAUAGAGGGCGAUCCGGGACGCACGAGGGCGUCACUCAUUUCGGAGGGGCCAACCGAUGCCAUCUGUCCCACGUAAGGUCUUCGUGUGCCGAGAAGGAUAACCUGGGAAGAAACGACAGCGACAAGGACAGCGAAGGCUGCCCUUCUCCGGAGUAUCCGGACGAGGAGUUCGACAAGUGCGAACGAACGUUCGAAUCUAAUGUAGGAAAUAACGCACGAGAAGUGAACCCUGGAGGACAUCCCGACGUGGAGAGCGAUGAUCCGGGAGUCGAUGGCAAGGUUUCCGGAUCUUCUGGUUUUAAGGAUAUCGACAGAUUGGUGUAUUUACCCCGAGACGAUGCCAGAUCUUGCCACCAGCUGGACGACUUCCACGAGACGAGUUUAGAAGUGCAAGUGAAAGAGUGCGAAGGGAUGACGGGGGAAAAGGAGGAUCUCGUUCGACGACAGUCUAGGAGCGAGUUUAUCGAUCCUUUAGCUGUGCGUUCCGUUGUUCCUGGAAUUAGAAAAGUGGACUCCUCGACCGAUAAUCUACUCGCGAAUAAUCGUUUGCGAGGCAGGGACGAACCUGUGAAAUCUGGUAACGGCAAGUGCGUUAACUACAGUGAAAGCUACGUAAGCUCUUGGAACGACUUCCAUGCGAACUUCACGCGUUCUAGUGGCGAAGACGAAGUAGGAGACGACGAAAAUGACAACAACAACAAUAACAGCGACAUCGCCGAUGGAGAUGCCGACGUCGAGGGUGAGGCCCUCAACGAUGCCAUCGAUGACCUCGAAGUGAAAUCCAGAAAUUCCAUUUCCCAUGUCCUGGAGAUGGAAAGGAGGUUCGCGGCCACUCACGAUUCGAAGGGUAGGUCUAAUUGGUCCGAUGUGAUGACCAGCAGGAGUCGGAAGAACGAAAACCUAACCUCCGAAAGCAAGAGACCUAAUCCCGUGGAAAGUAACCGAGGCUUUUCGUUGAAAAGACCCUCGGACAGGCACGAAGAGUCUGAUUUUGAGAUUAACUUCUCCCACUCGCAUGUCCGACACAAAAGAUCUAAGGAAAGUGCUUCGAUUAAAUCUUCCAUGGUUGGAAGCAUGAACGAUUAUGUCAACGGACCCUCCAGUGGUACCGAUAACGACGAUAUCGCGUCAGCUGGAAAUUUAAUGCCGGAGUCACGUAGCAUGGUGGAGGAUUGCCAGUCCCAAGAGAUCCACGUCAGAGAAUCGCUCUCGGUCUCAAAGAGUCGCAGCAAAACCUCGAGGUCCGGAGGUAGGUUCACCCGGAGUCAAAAGCGAAGGAAGACGGUCAGGCCGAAGAUCACGGCCGAGACGGUCACCGCGUCCGCCGAAGGAGUCGCGGACGACGAUUCCGGGAUCCAGGGCGACAUCUACGAGUUCAACGAGCGCGAGAGCAACCUGGAGGACAUCAGGGCGUCCGUUGGGAGGCGAGAGAAGCAGGAAGACGCUCGGCUAGGACACGACGCCCUGCGUCUGCAGGAGUGCAAGUCCCAGCCGCCCGUCCUGGUUCCUCAGGAACCCUGGCCUCCCGGGGACGGUCACCGAAAUCGCUUCGUGGACUCGGACAGUGGCAGUAGCAGUCGCAGCAGCGGUAGCAGUUUUCCUUGCAGGUUAUCCACUCUGGAGGAGAGCUGCAGCUCGCAACCGUCCUCCGGCGUGUGCCACUGGCAGUCGUCGAGGAGCAACGACUGCCUGGUGUGUCCCACGACCCCGGAGCGACCCGGAGGCCGGCUGAAGUUGACCUUGAGGAUGAAGCGUUCACCAGUGCUGGACGACGUCGUGGAGUCGGGCACCAGCCUCAGCGAGGACAGCUACGAGCGAGAGUACGAGGUCCUCAGGGUCGAGGGCGUCGACGGGAGUCUCAGGCGGCGCAAGAAACACAAAAGCAGGGACCGCGAGAGGCGACGCAAGAGGCGCGAAGUCGACCUCCCGGUUCCUCCUCCGCCUCCGAUGAAGCGACUCAGACUCAUCUUUGGCAACGAGACGCACACCAUACAUCUGCCGCACUCUUAACCUACCGCCUGCGAGCGAUUAUCUCCGUUUUCUGUCUCGGCGCGGUUCACUACGGCUGCAUGGACGUCGAAGAGCUCUUAAUCGAUUGUCACCUUACCGUUGGAUCUACUACAAGGAUUCGGGACGAGAGGUGCCAACCUGGUGCGAUCACCUAGCGGUUGUUCCGGAACUGUUAGACCAAUUAGACGUACACGGAACGUGGUUAAUGUGAUUCGAAGGCGAGGUGAAAAUCCAGAUCUGUCGGGUUGUGUUCCUAACCUCAAAGCGACUUGGAGUUUAACCUCGACGAUGGCACCCGUUCCUGGGACCAGGUUGGUCUCCCAUCGAUGGGGUAGAUAAUUUCUAGGCUGAAAUACGGUGGGCUUGGGACCGUUGCAUAGUGAAACCUGAAUGUGCAAAAGUAUUAGUGGCAGAAAAAUUUGGCAAAUCGUCGGUGGAGAACUAUUUGCAACUCCCUGUACGUCUGGUCCGUUGGUCGUGGCAACAGUUUCGCGGAACUUUCUUGGUUCAAUUUUCUAGCUUCGUCACUUUUCGUAUUCGUUUGUCGUAUUUUCUUUUUCCUUCACCUGUAUAUUCACAAAAUCGUUCGCUGCAUUAUACGAGCCUGUAAAGAAGGUAUCGUUGCAAUUGCAUCAUUCGCAGAUGGGAAACUUUUAAUGUUACUUUUUAUAACUAGGAGUCUCGAAGAUGAAUGUCUCGAUAUUCAUCGAAAGACUCAAAUGUUUAUACGUAUAUCUGACUGUAUGAGAAAAUUCUAUGUCCCAGUAUUGGAUACGCCCUAUGGCUUCUGAGAUGUUUCAUUUUCUAUAAGUAUGGUAGAACUCGUAGAAACUCCAACAGUAUUUUGGAUACAGCACUUUGUUUGGUCUGUCAUUGUACGAUGCAUCGAUCGGUAUUUAAGGUUAAUUAUGACUUGGGUUUGGGAAUAGUAAUCCAGUGUAAUUGCAACGCGUCCUCCUUUUUGUGUCUAUCCAUCGUGAAAAAUUGUUGUAUGUGUAAUUCUCUACGAAUCCUCGUAGGAUUCAAGAGGCUCUGGAUUUGACGAAUAACGAAAGACGAUGCUCGAGCGCGACGUAGCUUCAGGGAAUGUAAACCGAAUGCAACAUGGAUACGGAAAUUGUAUUCGUGUUUGUUGUUUCAUUGUAUUACCAAUUUCCCUCGUAUCGAGUGGCAGAAAAAAAAUGGAAAGAAGGUUCGCUGAACCAUCUACUGACAUAUUUGGCAAAAUUAACAUUGAUCGCCUCAGAAAGACUAUUUUUGCGCAUAUCGUGGUUUUUAGGUUAUAACAGCGUCCAAAAUCCAUUGGGUGAUCCUACGUGAAAUCCAGUUAAUCCACGCAGACGAAUUCUGAUUUAAAUUGUUAGGGGCAUAAAAUUCUGUGUAUUACUCGUACGUUUACAUAUUAUACCGUCUUUCAUUUUUUUUUGUCUUUAUUAUUACACUAAAGAUCACAACACAUGGAGUACAUAAUAGUUAUGCAACUAGAGUUCAAUUAAAGGAUUCCCAUGCAAAGAAGGAAUUUAAUUCUGGCCUCGGCACAUUGUGAUGAUUCAGAGUAAUCGAUUGUCGAUGACACUGUGAGAAUAUUAAAGCUGGACUGUCAAGAUACGUCGUACAUGCCUUUCGGGACUUGAGUUGAUAAAUUGAUAAUUUAUUUGAUUAUGGUCAAAUAUUGGUAUUUGUCACUUAUAAUUUUAAUUUAAUGUAUGAACGAUGAUGCAGCCCGCUGUUUUUUUUUUUUUUUAAUUUAAAUAUAGUCCACAAAAUUUGGUUGCUUAACACGUUGACUGCCACGCACAUUUUAUUUGAUUGGUAUGUCACCCGAAUAUGGGUGACGUGGCAGUCAACGAGUUAAAAGGAAAGGAAGGUGAAAUAUUUUUCUAUUUGCAUAUUUUUAUAAGGACGGAGCCAAAUGAAGUGAAGUCGCGUGCAAAUAUGGACCAUGGUACUUAAUGGAAUAUCUGGAUCUGCACGUUAUUCUUUCCCACGUGCGAAAUCUAUAGUGCCAAUUAAAAAUAUAAACGAUGCAAAAUCUAAUCUGCGUUAAAUUUUGUGCAUUACGCGCGCGUACACAAUCGUUUUAAAUUAUUGUCCCCUUUUUCUUACUAGACAGAAAUGAAACCUUCGGUCAGAGGACUACAAUGGAGGGUUCAAGAAUUUUUAACAAUGUCGUGGGUUAAUUGGCUGCCACGUAGCAUCGCCAAAAUCGUAGGCAGAUUCUGCGCCAUGUAAUGAAAUUAAUUAAUAAGACACCUCAUUACAUACGGGAUGGUCGCAUCACCGAGUAACGCACGUGUUAAGUCCAUAACCGUCCUUGUAACGAAACAACAGCGGCUGUCCGCGUAAUGAGGCACCCCGCACUUAAUAACAUGGUACCCCGUCAUUUAGGCAGCAUAAACAAUUAGUACGCACCCAAACGGCGUAAAGAAAAGUUUCCAAGCGAAUAUAACAUUCGUCCACAAAUCGCCGUUACCCAGGGGAACACUUGUCUUCUUUACAUCUCGGUGACAGUUUGUUGCAAUUUGACAUGGAACGGAGACACAAGAGAAAAAUUGUGCUUUGCACUACUUAUGGUGAAUCGUUGAUGUGACAAUUGUUCCUCGACACCGGGUGCACUGGAACAGAUAAGGGGAAAAGGAUUCGUACACUUUAUUUAAGCAUCGCAUUGUACAAUAGUUCACGCAAAGUAAUCGAGGUUAGUUAAGUAACGAGAAAUGUUAGUUAAUUAGUUAGUUAAUAUUCAUGGAUUACUGUUCGCAUACGCGCGUGCUCGGUAUAUACGUCUAAACAUUUGUACAUAGCGCCUGUCCGAGAAUCUUUACCGUUAAAUACAUAUAUUCCGUACUCGGCUAUAAAACUCUGCGAUGCACUGACACCGACUUGGCAAUCCAUCGUAGUGACUUGAUUUCCUGAGAAAUGGUAAAUUCUACGGGUUUUGCGGAGAGGCAGAUUACGCGAUUUCUGAGCCUUUAGAGGCGUUGCUCGUCGAAUACUUCGCAAAAUUGUAAAAAAAACCGUAAUAAUUAUUGUAAUCAUAUGCCGACACAUAUAUUUAAGGGUAACCAUGUUAGUGCAACGCGGAAGAGUACACUCCCUGAUUAUAUUAUAUACGAAAGAGUUGCGCUGGACCUGUGUUAGCGGCAAAACAUCCCGGAAGAUGUUUCGAUAAAUAAUUCGAGAUUUUGCCUUAUUUUGCGAUUUCCAGGGAGCCACUGUGCGUCUCGUAUUUGGUUAUCGCCAAGAUGGACGAGUAAACGUCCACGCGCCGUUUCCUUAACCUCGCGAAAUGGUCAAACGCUAUCGACGAAUCGGCGCCGAUUAGUGUUACUAUUACUUUAAUUAAUAAUUAAUAACGCGUCCACGUUACGUCGAACUCUCUCUCUCUUUUUUCGUUAGUCGCUAUUGCGGCAUUGUCAGCGAUUGUUAUGACGUUCGUCCCAACGGUCCUUUGCUCGUAAAUCUAAGGCACAAGGAUCGUUCUCUUCGCUGCCACCAUGUGUAGAGAAAAAGUUGGAUAAGGGUGAAGAAAUUGGUAUCGAAAGGAUAUAGAAAAGCGAGAUCGAUAGCUUUGCGUUCGUCGGUCUGUAAUUGUUGUUCAAAUUUAUACUUGCACGGCUUAAUUCGCUUUUAUUCGACUUUCUUUUUACAGGGUUCAUUAGCUUAAUUUGCAUAUCGUUCUCCAUUAAGUUACAGUGUCAAGUAACACGGGAUGAAUUCGUUCGAAUUUCGACUGCCAGACGUCAAGAGUUGCGAAUACCCGAUCCUGUUGUGUGUUACGGCGAAAGCGAUGUAUAUCGUGACUCCUUGGAUGUGUUCAUAAGCGCAAGAGCCCAAUUGCACCGUUCACAUUAAAGGAUUUGACUGUUCCCUUUUUUUACUUUACACUUUUUUUGUAGUUCGUUUAUUUCUUUUUGAACUGUCUCUAUUUUAAUCGUUGCUGUUAGGUACUCGGUAAAUACCGAGGGUAGGGACUUUGUACAUGGUUACUGUCUUUUAUUUUAUUUUCCGUUUUCAUAGGUUGUUACGCAAGAGUCGGGAUUUACAGUUAAUCGAAUUUAUUUAUUGUACUCGGAGCUGUAAUUUGAGCGAGUUUCGAUGAACAGGAUAGGACUUAUUUGACAGUUUCGUGUUAAUUUCAAGUCGAGGCUUAGAAAUCGACAUUAAAGUUUAAAUAAUUUGUGCCUAAUUUGUGAUAUUUACCUUUUCGUAUAUAAUUUAAAUGUGCAGUUUGCCAGGAUUUAGGCGGUGCAAUUGAGGCGAAGAUAUGAGCUAUUCUUGUACGGUAUUUUCCACGGUAAUUAUGUGAUCGCAAGUGCAUAGGUAGAACCAUGAGUUACUGUACAAGCCAAUUACUUCUGUAAUUGUACCUCGUGUCGUGCAAGAACUCGUGCCGAUGUAUAAGAAAAAUCCAAGCCAAAUUCCUAAUCGAUUAAACAUGGUUAAGUAUUCGAUAAAGAUGAGCUCCGCCAACAUACAUUUCCAUAGGGCUUUUAUGAUCUGGAAGGACACUUGCAUUUAAAAUUGUAUGACGAUUGUAAUAGAUAACAUGGACUAUCUUACUCCUUCGUAUUUACGGAUCGACUCAAGGAUCGUUCUGAAGAGAAACAUAUACUGUAUUGUACAUAUAUUAUACUGCACACGGUAAUAAUUACAAAAUGUUUCUCAGUUCAA